AUGCUGUUUUGCCUCAGCGCGAGUGCGAGGUUGGUGAACAAGUCGCUUGGGGCGCGCCUUCAACGCGGUCUAUUAGCGCUGGGCUUGGCAAGUCGGGCCAAGUCGUUAUUGCACCGCUGGGGCACUCUUCGUUGUGCGAGCACCGGGACGUGCGUUUUCGAUCGUCAGGUUAAAUACCUUCAGCGCCAGUGGGCGGCUAAAGAGGCAGACUUUUCAGAAUAUGAAUACCUACGCAGUGAAGUAGCGAAACGUCUGUGUGAAAGACUGCUAGACUUUCGCUGCUCGUUUCGGCGAGUAUUGGACGUGGGAGCUGGAGCGUCAUAUGUUCGGCGUUCCUUGGUUGGAAACAAGAUCGUUUCUGGUCUCGAGCUGCUCGUAGAGGUAGAGCUGUCAUCAGCUAUGUUGGAGCAUGGUCUAGAGCGUCUUCCGCUGUCAGAAACACCGUUUCGCACUACACAGCUAACUGCGGAUGAAGAAUUAUUCUUGCCGGCGCUAUGGCAGGGAGGUUAUCUCGAGAAAGCGCCGUUUGAUCUUGCUAUCUCAUGCAUGGCAAUGCAUUGGAUCAAUGAUUUGCCAGGUAUGCUCGCUCAGGUUCGUGCAGCACUGCUACCAGGAGGGGUCUUUCUGGGCGCGAUGCUCGGUGGUGAAACUCUACACGAACUCCGAGUCUCCUUGCAACUUGCUGAGGACUCACUCCUCGGCGGCGUCGGGAUCCAUACCAGCCCCAUGGUAGAAUUCCAGGAUACAGCCCGACUUCUCACGCGGGUUGGUUUCGAAAUGAUCACGAUUGACGUCGACACGAUGAUUGUACCGUACCCAGAUAUGAUGACAUUGAUAAAACAUUUGCAAAAAAUGGCUGAGAGCAAUGCACUAGCGGGGCGGCAAUCAUGGCUCAGUCGCAAAGUCUUACAACAGGCAUCAAAAAUAUAUCGCGAACGAUUCUCUCUCCCGAACAUGCAAAUAGAAAACGCUCGCGGUGACGGACAGGUUUCCGUUUCAGAUCACUACAAUGACUGGAUCGGGGCAACUUUCCAGGUCGUCUACAUGGUAGGGUGGGUUCCAACCUGA